UGGGCAUGGGUCUGACUGACUCACUGGCCCAAGACUAUAUAAAGUCACGUUUGUCCUGAGACAAAGCAGCAGACGAGAAAAGCACCCAGCACUGAUAUCAUACAGGAACCACUCAGCAUGUCAGAAUCGGGCGAAGUAAAGAAGAAGAAGCGUCCACCAAUGAAGGAGGAGGACCUAAAAGGAGCCCGCAGUAAACUGGGGCUGAGGGGCGAAGUCAAGAGUAAGACCUAUGAGGUCAUGGUGGAGUGUGAACGGAUGGGCAAAGUGGCUCCAUCUGUGUUCAGCGGUGUGAGGACAGGUGGAGAGACUGCGCUGCAGAAGCCUGCUGCCAAAGCUCCUGGAGCCAGUGUGUUCAGCAAGUAGACAAGCUGUAAACCAAAAGCGACAACAACACACACUCAGAAGUCUUCCUGACUAUGUGGUGUCCUGUAUGACUUGAAAUGCACAAAGUUCGUUGGUUUGCCAAAAGAAGUGGGAUCUGGGAAAUUUUCAAAUGGCUGCUUUUGUGCAACAAUGACUGUCAUCUUAUGAAAACAUGUAUUGUACUUUGCAUGGUGCAUCAACCUCAGUGAACAGCUUGAGCUUACUUAUGAUUGGCUGUUGUGCUGCCAUUGAUUUGUUCUAUUUGUUUGUCAGAGUUGUGACAUUGUUUGUUUAACUGCUCAUUCCCCCAUAAACAAAUAAACACUGU